GUACGUCCGUAGCACGAACUACUAUGUAGUAGUUCAUGGUCCGUAGUAGCGAAAGGGUUAAAUAAUCAACUCUUUAUACUCAUUAUUAUUAUGAUUAAAAAAAUACAAUCACACACAUUUUUUGGGAGACUACUCAGCCAACCUUCACAUGGUGUCUUCUGGGUAACGCUAAUAGGCUUAAGCGACUCGACUCAAACAACCCGAAAAUAUUGGUCGGACUCAACUCCGAUGACGCAAAAGUAUUUGCAGGACUCAAUUCAAUGUUAUCCCAAUAUCUAUGGGAACGAAGAACGGGCACAUGAUGAUAUAAUGCAUUUCAUGGCGCCAUCUUGUGGUUGACGGUAAUACAAAUUUCGGGUGCCUUGAACAUAAUAAAACGCUUCCGUGCAUACAAGGCCUGUUAUCACUACCCGUCCGAGAAAAUAGUCCCCUAGGCCCUAGCUUUGGCCCCUCAACUCCACACUCGUAUAUUUUUUGAUAUUUUGAUUUAAUAUUUCAUACUUUGUUUGUAUUUAGUUAAUACUUACCUACUGCCACAGAGUACAGAAAGACGCAAUAAAAUAUUGAAAUUUUUUAUUUCUUACUUACGAUCGAAUUAUAAUUUUUCAUAUCCAUAAUUCUUUUCCGAUUCUCCCGAACUAUUGAACAACGACUUUCGGUCAAUGAGUGUGCAUUUCAAAAUGAAACACAAAAUUUGUAUGGCAUCAGAUUUCUUCUACCCAAACAUGGGAGGUGUGGAAGAACACAUAUUCAAUUUGUCACAAUGUCUUUUAAUGAAAGGAUAUAAAGUUAUUGUCUUAACUCAUUCAUACCAAGACAGAGUUGGAGUACGUUAUAUGACAAAUGGAUUGAAAGUAUACUAUUUGCCAAUCAGACCAUUCUAUAACCAAUGUGUCUUGCCAUCAAUGGUUUCUUCUUUACCAUUGAUUAGAUAUGUUUUAGUUCGAGAACAAAUAACUAUUAUACACGGGCAUUCAGCAUUUUCAACUUUAGCUCAUGAAACAAUGAUGAUUGGUCGAUUACUUGGCAUUCAAACAGUAUUCACAGACCAUUCACUAUUUGGAUUUGCUGACACUUCAGCUAUUAUAACAAACAAAUUUUUAGAAAUGUCAUUAGCUGAUUGUAAUCACUGUAUUUGUGUAUCACAUAUUGGUAAGGAAAAUACAGUAUUACGAGCUCGCGUUAAUCAUCAUAGAGUUUCGGUCAUACCAAAUGCCGUUGAUACAACAGCAUUUGUUCCUAAGUUGGAAUUAAGAACAAAAAAUAAAAUAACGAUUGUCGUGGUUAGUCGUUUGGUUUAUAGAAAAGGCGUUGAUUUGUUAGCUCAAAUUAUUGCUGAUGUUUGCUUGAAAAAUCAAAAGGUUCAAUUUAUUAUUGGAGGCGAUGGUCCCAAGCGUGAACUACUUGAAGACAUACGUAACAAUUUGAAUAUUGGUGAACAAGUAACAUUAUUAGGUAGCUUGGAGCAUUCACAAGUAUGUAAUGUACUUAACCGCGGUCAUAUAUUUUUAAAUACAUCCUUAACAGAAGCAUAUUGUAUGGCUAUUGUUGAAGCUGCUUCUUGUGGAUUAAAGAUUGUUAGUACAAGAGUAGGUGGCAUACCUGAAGUAUUACCUCCAGAACUAAUAAUUUUAACUGAACCUAAUGUCCCAUCUAUACUCCAAGGAUUAUACAAAGCUAUAAACCAAGUAAAUAGCGAACUUGGAGUACCACCAAUUGAAUGUCAUCAAAAAGUACAAUCACUUUAUAACUGGAUGAAUAUUGCCAAAAGAACAGAGAUAGUGUAUAAUAUGGUUUCAUUAGAACCACCAAAAAGUUUAGGAAAACAAUUGCGCAGCUACAUACCAACUGGAGUAUAUCCAUUUUUAUUGGUAGUAUCAUUUAUGCACAUAUUGCUAAGACUCCUGGAUUGGUGGAUCCCACGUUCAGAUAUAGACCUGGCUAAGGAUUAUAAAAUCGAAGAUAGUCAAGUAAAUUCUAAUUCGCCAGUUUUAGAAAAUUAAUAGUACACAUUUUGUAAAUUUGUUAUUUAUUCUAUAAAAUUUAUUUUAAAUGUAAGUUCUAAAAUAAACUUAUUUAUGGACGGA